AUGUCGCACAAGGAGGACAAAGGACAGGCGAACCCAGCAGAAGCAGUUCGUCGAUGUCUGAACUACAGCGAGCAAGCGGGGGAAAAGGUUGGAGCCGUUGUUAGAGGAUGUAACAGCCACGCUGCGACAUCGUCGGAGAACUGCUGGCGAAUCGCUCACAUCGUCGUCUUCCUGCAGUGCUCUACUGCAUCUCGCCCUGGGCUUGUGCAUUCAGUCUUGGGUCAGUCACAAGUUGUGAGGUUCAGCCCCCCAGCCAACAAGCUGAUGAGCAGCACAGAGGUAUGCGAGCUGUCGAGAAGAGGAAGUUCGCUUCAAGCUGCAGAGGAACGCGUGCGCGAAUUAGAAGACGAGCGAGCCUCGAGGUAUCAGGAACUUUCUCGUCAGGCUGUACAGGUGGCGUCCGAUCGCCUGGAGGAGGCUGUGAUCAAUGAGCAGGUCGAGCGGAUCAACGCGGAGGCGCAUGAGGGGGAGCUAGAGGAGGCAAGCAGUCAGCUCAAUAAGACACCUCGGCGCUCCGUGUCUCGAUUGUCUCCCAGUCAGUCACCCGCCAGCUCUGUCGCCCUUCACAGCGUCAAGGCCUUGAAGGUCAAACGCGACAUGUGA